CGGUUGACGCCAUGAAACAAAUGCAAUCGCGAUUCACAAGAUGGCUUCUUCCGGCAAUGGUGAGGCAUCCGGUUCUUUUAUCGCGGAGUGGGACGGGGGCGCACGCAUCUGGGUUGUGUGUUGCUGUGCCUUCUGUUUUGUAUUGUUGCGGGUGUAGUGAGAACAUUUUAACUAGUGGGUGUUUGAAGCGUAGAACUGCAAGAUGCGGCAAAUUAACAUCAAUCAAACUGUAAAAAUCCCAAAGGAUUGUAAAGUUUCGGUCCGGUCGCGAAAGGUAACUGUGACGGGUCCACGUGGAACACUAAAGAGGUCGUUUAAACAUCUUGCGAUUGAUAUUCAUAUGGUCAACCCUAAAUUGUUGAAAGUAGAGAAAUGGUUUGGUACCAAGAAAGAGCUUGCAGCUGUGCGUACUGUUUGCUCACACAUUGAAAACAUGUUGAAGGGUGUGACCCUAGGGUUCCAAUACAAGAUGCGUGCAGUAUAUGCUCACUUUCCCAUCAACUGUGUGACAACUGAAGAAAAUACUGUCAUUGAAAUUAGGAACUUCCUUGGGGAGAAGUACAUCCGACGUGUGAAGAUGGCACCAGGUGUAACAGUGGUCAAUUCGCCUAAACAGAAGGAUGAGCUAAUUUUGGAGGGUAACAGCAUUGAAGAUGUUUCCCAAUCAGCUGCUCUCAUUCAACAAUCCACCACUGUUAAAAACAAAGAUAUCAGAAAAUUUUUGGAUGGAUUGUAUGUUUCUGAGAAAACCACUGUUGUACAAACCGAAUAAAAAAUAUUGGUAUUUUGAUAUUGUAUGUCGAUAGAUCAAAUUACCUGAAAAGGGAAAUAAAUUUGUCGACAAACACUUGGUUUCAUUUUAAUGCUUUUUUACUUUCUUCCUCUUUGGACAUCUGGAAAUGUGGAAAUGCCAAGUGUUACAUAAUUAAGAAAUUGUGACAAUGUUAAGUAUGCAGUGGAAUGUAGCAUGUUAUUUCAGGUUUGAAAUAACUAUUUCAAUAACUGAUUUUUCUUCACGAUUGUUUUAUAGGAUUUUAUGGCUAGUUAUUUUUCACCACUUACAAUGUAAUUCUUUAGAUCCUGUUUGACUAAACAUUCAGGCAUUUCAAUGAUUUGCUGAAGUCCAGAGGAAGUGAAAAGUAAAUGUCUUAGAAACCUCUCCAAGUAUAUUCCUAACAAAAUGCAUGCAAGAAUGAAGUAUUUGUGAUAAGGUAAUUUAUACAAGUUACUUUGCCAGCUGGACAUACAAACAUAUUCUUUGAUGUGGUCAGUAGGAAAGUGUCCAUUAUAUGCUAUUCAUUAAACACUGGCAUUGUAGAAAGAAUUGUUUGGAAAAGCCUUCACCAUUUUAAAAAUUAAUUCCUUAACUAUUUUUCAAUAAAGGCUACGUUUUUAAAUUUACUACCUGACUAGAUGGUACAGUUGCUAAAGAAACUGAAUUUUUUAAUAAUUCAGCCAGUCUAAUGAGUAGGAAUAAUUUGUUAUAUUUCUGAGCUUUUUGGUUUGAAUUGACUUUUCUUACAAGGACUUUCACUUGUUUCAUAGAAUUGUACAAGGUAGUUCCUCUUCAACAAAUUGUUUUUAUGUCAAAAGGUAAAUACUUGACUGGUAGUAUUUUUUUUUUUUUGUAAUAUUUUGCCGAAGAACAUUGUGAAUUGUUUGAAUAUGCAAGUUGAAUAAAUGUCUGCAACUGGCUCAUCAUAUUAACUUUACCAAAAUAGCAUAUCAGAAAAAUUACUGCUUGAUGAAACCUCAGUUUUGAUAACAAUGCUCAUUGAGAUUGUAAACAGUAGAAUCUCAGUGGCUGUAUUUUCUUUUUGAUUGUUAGUUUCUCUUCUUAUUAGCACUCUUUAUAAUUAAUUUCCUUCAUGAUAGAAUGACGAGGAUGAGCUGCUGUGCAGUCUCUCGGGCUUCAAGCAUGGUGCUUUGUAUACCAGUUUGUGUCACACUAUUAGCGAAAUUGUAAAUGUAGUCAGAUACCAAGAAACAAUCACCAUCUUGUGCAAGUCCUUGAAGCACAUUUGUAAAGUGUAUUUUAAAUAUUGGUCCUUGAUCAUUCAUACUUUUUUUUUUAAAUCUCUCUUCUCGUGUACACGUUUUGUUUGUCGUCCAUUGAGAAAUGAAUGUAAUCUACAUUGCCUUUACUGUAUAAAAUUAGAAAGUUAAAAGUAAUUUAUUCCUGAAGUGACAUGUAAACAUCACUUCGUCUUUGUUACUGUUUAAAUUGUUUAUUUUUCAUAUUAAUUUUUAAGCUGUCAAGGCUGGAUAAUUGACACUUUCUUGGAAAUUUAGAAAUUCAAAUGUAUUUGUGUUACAAAAAAUCAGAUUUACAUCAUUAUCCAAAUAAUACCCGAAAAGGGUAUUUAUUGUUAUAUUCAUGCAUGUUAAAAUUUAUAUUACUUUCUGUGAAAUUAAAUGUCAUAAAUUCGUAAAUUUCAUGAAAAAAACUGCAAAAUUUCCCAUAUCUGAAUAUAUUUUUUUAUAGUAUUAAGUAGGGAAAUGUCAUAGAAAUUAGAAUUAGCCUUAAUUUUAGUGUUCUUGCUCUCCUUCCAGAAUUUAAGAAUUUCAAUUUACUACUCGUGAGCUAUUUCAGGAGAGAAAAGAAUGGGCAAUUGCACUUAGUAAUGUUUUUUUUGGAAAAUAAAGC